ACAACACUCUUCUAUAAAUUUAAUAUCUGUUGUUGGCCAUAUUAAAGAGGAAUUGCUUAUCAGUCUAAUGGAUUCGUCUUUCUCUUCGUACAGAAAAAGCUUUAGCACUAAUGUUUGGCAUAUUUUAAGUUGGAUAUUGUACGCUGGCGGAGCGGGACCCAUUGCAACUGUGAAUAUGGGUGUAUUUGUACCACUCGUGGUGAUGAAAAAUGCUCACAGUAAUGGGUUUCUGAGAAGAGACCACGCGAUUCCAUGCUCUAGCUUUCCUGAUGAACCAUGCUCUGUACGCGUUCUUCACUCUAUAUGGAUUGAUGUAGGCUCUGUCUUAUUUGCUGCUUUUGCAUUUUCAACUCUCAUUCAAUUGUGUUUAAUGACUGGCGUUGGUGUGGUUUGCGAUUACGGUACCAACCGACGUUAUGUCCUUCAUUUAUGUGUUCUUAUUGGCUCAAUCAGUUCUAUUAUUUUACCUUGGAUUCCUUCCUCUUUAUUUUCGUUGCAAUUGGUUUCGUUUGUUGCAAUUGAUCUUUCUUUUAUUAUAGCACAGUCAUGCUAUGACUCCUUCUUGCCUAUUCUACUACGGUACUAUCCUAUAUCAAGUCCGUAUACGUUAGAAUCUGCGGUAGAGGAUGAAACGGCAAGUAUUGGAAACGGUUCCUCUUCCGGAGACAGCAUAAUGGACUCGGAGAACGAAGAACAGUACUUGAAUGAGCAAAGCUUGAUUUUGAACGAAUCUGCUCCGUCUACGGACGUCGAAGAGGAAGACAAGUCCAGGGUCGCUGCUAGAUUAUCGAGUGUAGGAUUUAGCUGCUUUUUUGGAUCAGCAAUCCUUUUUCAAUUGUUUCUUGUACCACUCAUGUACAAAGCAGCUCCUGACUCUUCUUUGAUUCUUAUCGCAAUUACGGUCUGUGGUACUUGGUGGUUACUCUUGUCAUACCCCAUUUGCUUGUUCGUUAAACUGCCAAACGAUAAUUAUACUGCUGAUCCUAUCUGGAAAAUCCUGUUCAAGAGUACCAAAGAGUCUUAUCACUCUUUACAACAUGCUAUGAGCAUCCUACCCAUUCGUUUAUUUUUAUUUUCGCGUUUAUUUAUUAAUUGUGGGCUCCAAACCACUCUCACUUCCGCUAUUAUAUUAGGAAAAUCUAGAUUAAAUUUAUCAAAUUUUCAGGUUGCGUUACUCGGCAUGGGAAUCUCUUUGUUUGCUUUGCUAGGCACUAUUGUUUUACCUUAUCUCACUGAAUACUUUCGUUUAACAAAUCUACAAACCGUCAUAAUCAUCGCAAUGAUUCUACCUUUAGCACCUUUGUAUGGAAUGUUAGGCUUUCUUCCCGGUUUUGAUGGCGGUGUUCGGACUGCCUCAGACAUCUUUAAGACUACAAUUUUCGUAAGCUUUCUGUUAGGUGGCGCUCAUAGUUUCUGUCGUUCUGUUUAUUCACAAUUAAUUCCUCGCGGGAAAGAGACUAGAUUCUUUGCAUUAUACGCUCUUAUUUCUCAAGCGGGCGUUUUCUUUGGUCAAAUUUCCUUAACGUUGAUUUCCUCCUUAACUACAGAGCCUGGGGCCGUUUACGCUUUUAUUAUGGUUGUUAUGAUACUUCCCCUGCCCUUCUUGUGGCUUAUGUAUAAGCAUACUAAAUCUCCUCGUCUCGCUUAAGAUGUCUAUCACGAUUCACCAUCCUAUUCAAUCCAUAAAUCUUUUCGCAUUUCCCUUGCAUACUCUUUAUGUUUAUAAUAUUACUUCAUUUUCGUUUCUCGAUGUGGACGUCUUACUUUAAUUUCCACGAACUAAUAGACAUAUUUAUUUGUUAGUUAAUUAUAAAAAUUGUUCCUUAUCUAAUAUUUAAAAUAAAAUAUAAAAUCGCCC